AUGGAUCAAGAACUGCUUUUUAGGGUCAUUAUUGUUGGAGACACUGGAGUAGGGAAAUCCUGCUUACUGCUGAGGUUUAGCGAAAACAUGUUCAAGGAAACACACACUGUCACCAUUGGAGUAGAAUUUGGAACGAAGUCAAUUGAAAUUAAAGGGCAACCGAUUAAAAUACAAAUCUGGGACACCGCUGGCCAGGAAAGCUUCAGAAGUGUGACGAGAAGCUUUUAUAGAAGAGCUGACGGAGUUUUAUUGGUAUAUGAUACGACUGCGAGGCAUACCUUUGAAAGUUGCGAAUAUUGGCUCAAUGAGAUCAGGCAAAAUUCUUCUCAGGAUGCUGAUAUUUUUCUAGUCGCCAAUCAAGUUGAUUUAGUUGAGAACGGAGAGCAACCUAGAGAAGUAAGUGCUGAGGAUGGCAAAGAAUUCGCUGAAAAGCAUGAAUUGAGUGGUUUCUUAGAAACCUCAGCAAAAAGUGGACAAAAUGUCCAAGAAGUAUUCACAAAAUUUUGCACAAUUUUGUAUGAGAAAUGGCUUGAAAAGCAGGAUGAUGAUCCCAAGCCUGUCCAACACACAAUUGGGCUUAAGCCAACUACUGUAAAGAAGAAGAAAAAGUGUUGUGGAAAUAAAUAA